AGGAGGGAACGCUUACGCACAAUAAGCCUUUUGACCUCGUUUGUCCCCAAAACCCUCUUUAGACAUUCCCUUCUCUCCCGCCACUUAAAAGUUAAACUCUCUUAAACAACCCAACUGACACAGUAAAACCCUAACUAUCUCUCAUCUUCUCACUCUAAACCAUCAGUGUUCGCAUUUGAAUCAUUUCCAGACUGUCUGUGUUCUUCUGGUAUUAUGCGAUGGUCAAAUCUGAAGAUGUCCAUGAAAUCGUUUUGAAACUCUCAUCUGAUAAGGCCAAAUCCCGUGAAGAAGGGAUUAAGUUGUUGAAUACAUGGCUAGAAGGAGAAAGGUUGAUUGAGUUCUGUAAAUAUAUGGGACGCAAUACAUCCAUGCUCAAACCUCAUGAGGUACCACACGCUAAAACUUGGCCUUUUCUUGUUAAAUUGCUCACUGAAGCUAUAAAGUUGGAGGUAUCUGCAAGUAAGAAGCGGCUGCCCAAGUUGGCAUUUGCAAAGACUCUUAGAAUUGUGGUACAACGAGCUGAAGAUGGAAAGAGUUUACAUCUUCUCUCUGUGGCAAAAUCACUUUUCAAUCAUAUAUGGAAGAUUUUACACGAUGUUCCAAGCUUUCAGUCCGAAUAUGGAAUUAUUCUACGACAUCUUUUGGCAGUUAAACAUCUUCAGUUUCACUUGAGAAAGAAUGUGUACUCUAGUCUGGUGCUUCUAUACAUGGAAAAGGUUGAGAUAAGCUUGAGUGAACGCAGUACCGGACAAUCAAUUAUUAAGGAGGAGGUCUUUCGGUGCAUCCUCACACUUCAUUCACUUCUUGAUAGUCCUCCUGGAGAUUUUCCUGAUGAUCUUCGUGUGGGAAUAACAAAAGGUUUUAUUGAGAUUUUCUCUAAUUUAAGGGAUGAGGGGAAGAUUUUGCGCAAAUUGGUUGAGUGUAUUAAUACAUAUUUGAUUAGGGAUGGUCCAAAUAUGGGCAGUCGAUCUUUAGAAAUUCAUGAUGCUGUGCAUCAGUUUCUUUUUCGUGUUUGGGUAACAACUCAUGAUCGUGGUCUGAAGGAUGCACUUGUUUUAUACGCAAGGUUACAAUUAAAGUUAGCAAGAGGAACUACUGAUGGCAGUGUUUUAUUGGAACAACUUUUGGAUAUAAUAGGAAAGGAACUAGAUCAAAUUAGUACCUCCACUACCAGUCUGCCAUGGAAUGAUACAACAAGGGAUGAUAAGCGAGGUACAUUAACAAACUCACAAUCCAGUUUGAUGGAUCUUGCAGCUAUUGUCUUUUGUCGGGCAUGCCUUGUUUCGUUUAAAGCGCCUGUAGCUGAUAAACGAGCUAAGAGGGAGAAUACUGUUGUCUAUUUAAACGAACAAAUCAUCAAAGGGAAGUGGUCUUGGAAUGCAGCAUUUUGCUUCCUUAUUCGCAACUACUCUAGUCGCAUUAAGCAUGAACAUUUCAUAUACUGGUUUGAAGGACUAUCCACAAACUUUGAGAGAAUAAUGAACAAAGCAACCAUGGAGCAUGCUUAUGAUGGUCUUCUGUGGACUCUACGGAGUCUUCAAGGACUUUCAUCAGUACUUCUACGUCCUAUUUAUGGAGUGGAGUGCUCAGCAAAAGUGGGAUUUACCAAUAAUCAGUUAUACAGAGGCUGGCAUACAAUAUGGAACACUCUACUGCGUGGUUUACCAAUGUUCAACAAUGUUACAUCAGUUGCAGAUGCUGCUCUUAUACUCCUUGGAAAUAUUAAUUUGAGUGAUCCAAUGAACAACUUUAUUGUAGCUCAUGAUGUAUGGGAUCUUCGGUUGUUUAAAAAUUCUCCAUCAGUGUCUCUUUUACGCUUCAUAUCAGGUUACUUUUCAAAGAAAGGAUCCCAUGGUGACAUGCAGGACGUUUUACAUCUGAGAAAAGAUCUCUUAAGGACGGUUAUGGGCUUACUUAACUGGAAGGGACAUAUGGUGUUCAAUGAGCAUACAGUUGUACUGUUGCCAGCAGCUGUAUUUUCUCUUUGUGCUGGUUCCUCUUGCUUUACAAAUUGUGAUAAAGGAUGUUCUUUGGCUCAUCUUCUUGUAGAUAUCCCUGUAACCAUUGAUGACAGCAUUGAGGUUGAAAAACUAGAGCAGGAAAGUUCACAUGAUUUGUUCGAUUGCUCUGUGGAAGUGCUUGCUGAAGUUUUUCUCGAUUCUCAUUCAGAGGUAGCCCAGGCUCCGAGCCAUCAGAAGGUUCGUCUCCCCCGUCAUUUAAGGGACUCACUGCUUCAUGAAACGGAGCUCGGAAUUCUUGAGGUUUUGGAAAACAAAGAGAUUGAGAAAAUGAUUCUCUCAGAUAUUUUCUUCAGAUGUGCUCUUUUGUCAAAUUUCCUGUAUGGUUCGUAUGUUACAAGGUUGAAAGAAGAAAACGUUUCUUUCUUCUCCGAAGUUGGUCAGUACAUGUUAGAAAUGCUGAGUCAUGCUGUUUCAGUGAUUGAAAAACGUUCCAGUGAUAUUCAGUGUGGUAGUCAUGGCUUAAAUGCUGGUCUUGAGGGCAUGGACUCCAUUCAAACUUCUUUAAAAUGUUUUAUUGGUUCCCCCCUCUUUAGCUAUCAAGAUGGUGAUGGUGAUUGUACGUUUUAUAAUGAUAUUAUCUGGUCAACCAAGAAACUUUUGAAGGCUCUGACUAAACUAUAUGAAGGAGUUUCUGAUGGCACACGUAAUCUUCAGUCUGAGAUAGAUCAAUCAGAUUGGCCAAAUCGCAAUAAUAUGACUGUCUUGGAUGCAGAGCUUGAUGAAAUUGAUGAUUUAGAAGAUGAUGUUGAUGUUAUGAGUAGUGGUGGAGAGAAUUCUCGAGUGUCUCCUACUGUUAAAUGGAAGCUGGAAAUUAUAUCAUUAAUCUCAAGCUUUUUUUCGGUUCUUCCAGUCGACACAUGGGAUGUUUUGUUCAAUUUGAGGCGAACAGAAAGUGAUCAAAGGCUGAUGGAAUGCCUUAUGCUUAACCUUUGUGAACAUCCUUGCUGGUCCUCUUGUCAAGGGUUUUCUGACAUGGUUUUAUCACUGGACAACAUGGUUGAUAGGCUUUCUGAUGUUAAGCUUCAGCCAACUAAGAUACUGACCGCUAUAUGUGGCCUGUUACAGACUUUGAUGUCAAACAAAGUUACAAAGGAAAAGAAUCUCGGUCAUUCUAUAAAAUCAGGAUUAUCUGAACAGGUGGCAUCACAAACUUCCAUGGAGCUAAUUCUAGAGGACGACUCUCAGAGUUUGGUACCACUGGGUGAUCUUGUUAUCAAAAUUGCAGAAAAUGACCAAUUUGAUUGGUUAGGUCGUGUGAAGCUCAUUGAUUGCAUAUGCAACUUUAUAUUACUUAGUCCUCAAAUCGGUCAGGCCAUGGUUGAGAAGCUGCUACUUAUGCUCCGAGAUCCUGAUUUCCGUGUUCGAUUUUCCCUAGCAAGAAGAAUUGGUGUUCUUUUCCAAACGUGGGAUGGCCAUGAUGAGCUCUUCCAGGACAUACUGUCAAAUUUUAGUGUAAAAUUGGUGGUGUUAUUUAAGGAUAAGCUCGUUAAAUCCAAUGAGGUUUUAGCUGCUGGUCAUCAACCACGCCCUAUCAUGGAAACCGUCAUUGUAACCCUUGUGCAUCUUGCCCUGCACAGUGAGAAAAUUGAGUUGGAGGCUGUUUUUAUGAUCUGUGUUAUUGCUGCUAUUGAUUCCUCCCAAAGGGAACUGGUUGCUGCUGUACUUGACAACCUAUCUAAAAAACUACAAUACAACUCCAGAUCCGAGUACAUUGGAGAGCUUAUUGCACCAAUUAUUUUCUUCUGGGUCCAGUGUGGUGUAAGCUUGGCUGCAUUAGUUGAGACACGUGAACUUUUUGUUCUCAACGUGGAAGCUAGUAAUUUCAUUCAAUUUUGUUGCCGUUGGCUUCUUCCAGCUUUGGUUUUGCAUAGUGAUGUUUCCAACUUGAACUGGGUUGCCAAGGUUUCCGGUCAAUCUUCUGCAGCACUUAUCAAGAGUCACUUUGUACAUAUCUUUUCAGUUUGUAUAGCAUUACAUUGCAGCAAAAGGUCUGGGUGGGAAUCUGGAGCAGCAGCACUUCAGAGUUCAAUAUUAAGUAUCUCUGGUUUAUCUGAGAAAGAGCGGGACACCCUUAUUAAGAGACACAUGGUUUCUAUUGUCAGUUACAUUUUAUCACUUGCUUCCCGAUUAUCAGAACCUGCAUUGCCUUUCUUUACCAAGGAUACCAUUCAACGUGCUAUUCAAACUGUGGUCGAUGGUUUCUUGAACAUGGAAGAAGCUCCUUGCAGCAUGGUUGUAGUGGACAAAAUCAACAUUUUUCGCCCCGAUAGAGUUUUUAUGUUCAUACUUGAAAUGCAUCAUAAAGUUACAGCGUCUAUUCACCAUAGGCACAGAUGUAACAGGUUGUCUGGUAUUGAGGUGCUUGUUAAUGUUCUUGGACAUAGAGCUGCAGUACCAAGCACUUCCAAUUAUCUUUUCACCUUAGUGGGGCAAUUCAUUGAUUAUGGUCCUUUACAAGACCAAUGUUAUCAUAUUAUCUCUACAUUGCUCAAAACCCUUAAAGACAACCAAUCUACAUAUGGUAUUGAUGUGCUUGGUGAACAACUUCAGUUUCUGGUAUCAAAGCUAGUUGAUUCUUGUAUACCCUCAAAAUUUGAUAUUAAACAUUCCCUCAAUCAUCCAUCUGAGGCUUUGUCACUGCUUCAUGAGCUUAUUGUGGAUUCUGAUCCAUCUCUUCAUAAGCAUAUCAAAGAACUUCCCCCCUUUCCUGCAUUUGAUAUAUUUGAUAGACUACGUAAGUUUCAUGGCGAAGUGUGCCAAGAUUACUCUGCAAGAGACCACUUAUUAGAGUUUGUGAGAAGAUCUAGUCAUCUUCCACCAAGGCUGGUUAUAUGCAGUCUCAAAGCUUUGCACAGUAUCAUGUUCACGGGGUUUGAGCGUCAAAAGAAUGCAGAGCAGUUUUUUGGAGAUGCAUUUUGGCAAUAUGAUGAUGAAAUUGUACGUGCAGUUUGGACUCUAGUUCGAAUGGCCAGUUCAGAUGCAUCAAACAGUUUUGGAGCAUUUGUUUCUGAUUUUUUAUCAAUGAUUGGUAUUGGGGAUCCACAUCGUGUUGUUUUCCAUCUUCCUGGAGAGUCAAACCGGAUACACAUUUGCAAGCCUCUUUAUUCGGAUGGUGGUAGUGGCUUCAGUUUUCAUAUGGAUUCAGGUUUAUCUGAAGAGCUCUUAAUUGCAGUGAUGCAGCUUUUGAAGAAGUAUUUGAUGGAUGAAUCUGUCGAGAUAAUUGAGAUGGCAUCACAAGCAUUACGUGGGAUACUUUCAACUGAAAGGGGUCACCGAGCUUUACUGUCACUUGAUUCUUAUGAGAGGUCUAUACUCGAGGUUCACUCCAAGGGUGUUAAUGCACAGCUAGUUCAGAGUUCCUUAAUGGAUCUAGAAAGGAAGUUCAGUGGUCAAGCCAUUACAAUUGAGAAGACUUCUACAUGGGAGACUCGUGACAAAACAUUUGAGACAUGGAUCUCUCAGCUAGUUUAUGCACUCAUUUAUUUUUGUGAUGAUACUAUCUUAAGGUUAUGCCAGGAUAUUGUGCUGCUGAAAGCUGAAGUUGCGGAGCUUCUUUUGUCAAAUGUUAUGGUCAAUCUUGCAAAGAGGAAGAAUUUAGACAUUGAUCUUUGCAAGCUGAUCUCCGUGAAGGUGGUGGAAGAGAUAGUUAUUGAAUCCAAUAGCUUAAUCAGAUCAGUUCAGGUUAUUUUGGAUGCACUCAAUGAACUUCGACUCUGUCAUGUAAUGGAGAGAGCUACUUCUGCUCCUUCUAAAACCGAAGGCUCAAAGCAUGCGAAGUCAUCUAGUUAUAGCUCAAGAUCUCGUUCUACACCACGUAAGGCAACAGACCAUACUGCAACAUCUACUCAACCACUCACUUCUACAUUAUGUUGGGAAAAGGUUUAUUGGCUUCCCAUUGACUACCUUGUUGUCGCUAAGUCAGCCAUUGGCUGUGGCUCAUACUUCACUGCUGUGUUGUAUGUGGAGCACUGGUGUCAAGAGCAUUUUAGCUGCCUCACGUUAGGAAGUCCAGAUUUUUCCCAUCUAGAAAUGCUACCACACCACAUAGAAAUUCUAGUUGCAGCAGUUACCCAAAUAAAUGAACCAGACAGUUUGUAUGGGAUCAUCCAGUCUCACAAGCUGACAUCACAAAUAAUCACCUUUGAGCAUGAGGGUAACUGGAGUAAAGCUCUUGAGUACUACGACCUACAAGUACGAUCUGAGGCAUCGAUUGAGAUGGGUAAUAAUAGUUCCCGUGAUCAAUCCUUAUCUUCAUCUUCCUCCAAACCAGAAGAUGAAAUGAAACAAAGAAAACCACACAAAGGGCUGAUCAAAUCUUUACAACAAAUUGGUUGCACUCAUAUGUUGGAUAUGUAUUGCCAAGGGCUAAUGUACAAAAAAGGCCGCUUUCAGGAUGACUUAGAGUUCAAUGAGCUACAGUUUGAAGCUGCUUGGCGUGCAGGGAAUUGGGAUUUCUCUCUACUGUCCAUGGACACUAAUUCUCCUAAGCCAAGUCAACGGAUCAGACAUAGCCGUUUCAACCAAAGGCUACACAGCUGUUUGAGGGGUUUCCAUGAGGGAGAUGUGGGCGAAUUUAACCUGAACCUCAAAGAAUCUAAGCAGGAGCUUCUGUUCUCUAUCUAUCAUGCAAGUGAGGAGAGCACAGAAUAUAUUUAUUCCACUAUUGUGAAGCUCCAGAUUUUCUGUCAUCUUGGACUGGCCUGGGAUUUGCGAUGGGCAUGGUUGGAUGGGAAGAAAGAUAAUGACAGCGAGGCACAAAGAUUACUAUCUGGACCUUUGACUCCCAACAUGGACCAGUUGUCAUGGUUGAAUACGGAAUGGAGCUGCAUUCUGAAUCGUGCACAGUUACAUAUGAACCUGUUAGAACCAUUCAUGGCAUUCAGAAGAGUUAUGCUUCAAAUUUUAAGCUGUAAGGACUGUACUGUCCAACAUCUUUUGGAAUCUGCAUCUAUUCUUCGUAAGGGCUCUAGAUUUUCUCAAUCUGCUGCGGCAUUGCAUGAGUUUAAGUCCCUCUACAUUGGUAUGGGAGGAGAAGAUUCUAAACUCUAUUGGCUUGGAAGGGUUGAAGAAGCAAAGCUUCUGCGGGCCCAAGGUCAACAUGAGAUGGCAAUUAAUCUUGCCAAGUACAUCUCUGAAAAUCGCAAAAUGAAUGAGGCGGCAGCAGAUGUAUAUCGUCUAGUUGGAAAAUGGCUGGCUGAAACACGUUCUAGCAACUCUAGGACUAUCUUGGAGAAGUAUCUGAAAAAUGCGGUCAACCUUGCUGACAAACACCAGUCAACAGACAAGAAGUCAGUUGCAAGACAAGGACAAACACAUUUCCAGCUUGCUCAUUAUGCGGAUGCUCUUUUCCGUAGCUAUGAGGAAAGACUCACCUCUAAUGAGUGGCAAGCAGCAAUGCGCUUGAGAAAACAUAAGACAAAAGAGUUGGAUGCACUUUAUAGGCGAUUCAAGAAUUCAUCCAAGGGUGAUAAAACAGAUUAUUCAGUAAAAAUACAAGAGUUGCAAAAACAACUUACAAUGGACAAAGAGGAGGCUGAAAAGUUGCAGCAAGAUAGAGAUAAUUUCCUCAGCAUAGCAUUGGAAGGAUACAAGCGAUGUCUAGUCAUUGCCGACAAAUAUGAUGUUCGAGUGGUGUUUCGACUUGUAUCUCUGUGGUUUGGUUUAUCCACAAGACAAAUUGUUGUAGAUGGGAUGCUCAGUACAAUCAAAGAGGUGCAGUCUUGCAAGUUUAUACCAUUAGUAUACCAAAUUGCUUCAAGGCUGGGUAGCUCAAAAGAUAGCCAGGGACCUAAUACUUUUCAGUUCGCUUUGGUUUCUCUAUUAAAGAAAAUGGCAAUCGACCAUCCAUACCACACAAUCUUUCAGCUUUUGGCACUGGCCAAUGGUGAUCGUGUCAAGGAUAAGCAACGAAGUAGAAGCUCAUUUGUGGUGGAUAUGGAUAAAAAGUACGCUGCAGAAACGCUCUUAAAAGAGUUAUCCUCGCACCAUGGAGCUGUGAUCAGACAAAUGAAACAGAUGGUAGAAAUUUAUAUCCGGCUUGCUGAACUGGAAACAAAACGAGAGGAUACCAAUAAAAGGAUGGCUCUCCCAAGAGAAAUUCGCAGUGUCAAGCAACUUGAACUCGUACCUGUGGUGACAUCAUCUUUUCCGGUUGACCCUAGUUGUCAGUAUGAGGAAGGGUCAUUCCCACAUUUCAAAGGCUUAGCAGAUUCAGUCACGAUCAUGAAUGGCAUAAAUGCUCCAAAAGUUGUCGAGUGUCUUGGUUCGGAUGGUAAAAGAUAUCGACAGCUUGCGAAAUCAGGAAACGAUGACCUCAGACAAGAUGCUGUAAUGGAACAGUUCUUUGCAUUGGUGAAUACUUUCUUACAGAACCACCGUGAUACGUGGAAAAGAAGAUUAGGGAUACGGACAUAUAAGGUGGUUCCUUUUACUCCAAGUGCUGGUGUUCUCGAGUGGGUAAAUGGCACUUUACCUUUAGGUGAAUAUCUUACAGGAAGUACAAGAAGUGGAGGUGCCCAUGGGCGUUAUGGAACAGGAGAUUGGUCAUUUCCCAAAUGCAGGCAACACAUGGCUACAGAAAAUAACAAGCGCAAGGCAUUCCAGGAAGUCUGUGACAAUUUCAGACCAGUGAUGCAUCACUUUUUUCUAGAGAGGUUUUUACAUCCAGCUGACUGGUUUGAAAAACGACUUGCUUAUACAAGAAGUGUGGCAGCUAGUUCAAUGGUUGGUUACAUUGUGGGUCUUGGAGAUCGACAUUCCAUGAACAUCCUAAUUGACCAAGCAACUGCAGAAGUUGUACACAUUGAUCUGGGUGUUGCAUUUGAGCAAGGAUUGAUGCUAAAAACACCUGAACGGGUUCCCUUCAGGCUCACAAGAGACAUCAUAGAUGGUAUGGGAGUAACUGGAGUGGAAGGCGUUUUCAGAAGGUGUUGUGAGGAAAAUCUUUCAGUCAUGCGCACAAAUAAAGAAGCUUUGCUCACCAUCAUUGAAGUUUUUAUCCAUGAUCCUUUAUACAAGUGGGCCCUAUCACCCCUAAAAGCUUUGGAGCGCCAAAAGGAAACUGAUGAUGAUCUGGAGGCAAGCUUGGAGGAGUCUGAAGAAGGAUAUGAAGGAAAUAAAGAUGCAGCACGUGCUCUUUUGCGUGUUAAGCAGAAACUUGAUGGAUAUGAAGAGGGUGAAAUGAGAAGUGUGCAUGGACAGGUUCAACAACUGAUACAGGAUGCAAUCGAUCCUGAUCGCCUAUGUCAAAUGUUUCCUGGGUGGGCGUCUUGGCUCUAAUGUAAGUCAACUGUACAGGGUUUUUUUUUGUACCGAUUUUACCCUUGUACAUCUUUUGAGGCUUUCCUUGUUGGGUGGGUGAGUACAUACGUACAGUUAUUCUACUUUCUGUACAGUCUACCUCUGAUGUAAGCUCUGAUGUUGUACCCAAGUUUUCCAUCAGCAUCUUCUUUGUUCCAUUCAAAAUGGAUGUAAAGGACUUAAGGCAUCUUAAAUUUUUAAUACUAGUCAUAUUUAGCUUAUUGGUUAAUUACUAAAAAAAAUAAAAUAAAAUUCUCAUACUCA